UUUCGAAUAUAAAUUGUUAUUGACAUUUUUAUUUCAUGAUCCUUAAUCAAAUAAUCAGUCCUCAAAUCUUGAGAUCGGGAAUCAUCCCCUGUUACACCACGCAAAUGAUUCUGCACGAUGAUAGACGUAUGCUCCUGCUACUGAUUUCUAGUUUCAUUAUUAUUAACCACUAAUAGGGUGAUUGAAUUUUUGAUUGAGAACCCUCUGAAUUAAUAGAGAAAAUAAAGACGAAAGAGAUCGCUUUUGAUUUAUCCCGACAUCUCAGUCCGUUUCGAAGAUCUACGCUUCUAAAGUUUAGGCCCAGCGUCUGGCACAGUGACCUAGUUACGCUAUAUCUGCUGGGCGUCUAGAUCGUUUGUUGGGAGUUUGGGGCAGUUCCGGGACUCAGUCAAUUUGCGAGAAGGGCAAUGAUAGGCGCCGAGAAAUUAUGAUCGUCUUCACACGACGACGAUAUCUCCGGAAGCGGACGUUGUAUCAAGAUGAAUCAAAUGGCAUUUUUAAGGCGAGGCUGUUCUGCUCCAAAGGUCGGAAGUUUCAUCUGUUUAUAGUUAUUUAUUGCAAAGUUGUGGACCGUCAAACAUUUACGUUUUUUCUGCGGUCUACUCUGCGGGGGAGUAACAGGUUUUUUGCCGAACUCCUAAUCUCGAGAGCGAUAACUUAGCAAUGACGGACUGAAUUCUCCGGCGCAACGCACAUGAAUGCUGAAUAAAAAAUAAUCUAACAAAGUGGAACUCUAAUUCAAUUUUCGAGAAGCGAAAUUGAAAGAGAGAAGAAAAGUAAAUUAUAAAGAAUUAACGAUGGACUCGUUGUCCAUUAUUUUAGCACUUGGUGCUAUAGCUGUGGCAGCGUAUUAUUACUUCACACGAGAAGACGUGUUCGAGAAACACGGAAUACCUCGUAGCAAGGGCGUCCCGAUCUUUGGAAGCACCUGGAAAGUAUUCCUCCAACGUGCUACCUUCGUCGACGUUGUUAAGGAGACUUACAAUACCAAUAAGGACGCAAAAUACAUCGUCUUCUAUGAUUUCUCUUUUCCGACCAUCGUCAUCCGCGACAUUGAACUGAUCAAGUCCAUUAGCGUGAAAAAUUUCGACCAUUUCGUAAACCAUCGCACGUUCUUACUCGACAAGACCGAUUCUCUGUUCAGCAAGAAUCUGUUCUUCCUCAAAGAUGAGAAAUGGAAGGAAGUGAGAAACACGAUGAGCCCAGUGUUUACGUCCAGCAAAUUGAAAACCAUGUUCGGUCUAAUGAACGACUGUGCGAAAAAAUACGGAGAGAAUCUGACAAGUUUGCCGGAGACAGAUCAGACAGAAUUAGAGCUCAAGGACGUGUUCAGUAGAUACGCGACCGACAUUAUCGCCACGUGCGCCUUCGGUAUCGAUAUAGACUCCAUGAAAGACGAAAACAACGAGUUCUACACUUGUGGAAAGUCGCUGAAUAACUUAGACAUGAAUAAGUUGAUAAAAUUCUUCAUUAUAAGAAAUUUACCAUGGUUAAGCAAUUUAUUGAAUUUGAGGAUAGUCGAAUCGAAGAUAGAGAAGUUCUUCAUAGACAUGAUUGAUAACAAUAUAAAAACCAGAGAAGAACGAGGCAUAAACCGGCCGGAUGUGAUCCAAACGAUGAUGGAGAGUAGAAAAAAAUUGGGUCCAGGAAAGAGCAUGACGACGGCGGAUAUAACAGCUCAAGGGUUUAUCUUUUUCCUCGCUGGUUUCGAUCCCGUCGCAACUACCAUGUCUUUCGCCGCUUACGAGCUCGGCGUGAAUCAAGAGAUACAAAAGAAGUUACAGGAAGAGAUCGAUCGAGUUUUGUUGGAGCAUGGUGACGUCACUUACGACGCUCUCAUGGGUAUGGAGUAUUUGGACGCUGUGGUGAACGAGACGACUAGAAUGUAUCCCGUACAACCGUUCACCGACAGAAUUUGCAGCGAGAGAUUCGAACUGCCACCAGCUUUGCCAGGUGCGAAACCGUUCGUCGUCAAGAAGGGAGACUGCGUUCAGUUCCCGAUUUACGGCAUUCAACGCGACGAGAAGUAUUUCAAGAACCCAGAUAAGUUCGAUCCGAAUCGAUUUUUGGGCCAGGCCAAGAAGGAUCUCGAUCCCAACAGCCUUCUGACGUUCGGUUUAGGUCCGAGGAUGUGUAUAGGAAACCGCUUCGCUCUAUUAGAAGUGAAGGUGCUCCUGUUCCACGUGUUUGCCAGGUGUAACAUCAUCCCUUGUCCGAAGACGACUAUACCUUUAGUUUUUGAUAAAACUAAGAUGAAUUUUAUGCCGAUAAAUGGAUUCUGGUUCGAAAUUCAACCGAGAAAAGAAACGGCUCAGGUCUACGAAUACGUCAAAGUCAUGAGUCAUGUUUAUUAAAAUGAUUCAUGGCCUUUAGCAAAUUAGUUUACGAUUAUAUCUUAUCUAUUUCAAAGAUAUGUAAAGAAACGCUGUAUCAUAAAACUUAAUAAAUCGCAAUUAAUAAUGCC